AGUGGACACUCGAGCUCCUGCCACCUGAAAUCUCUCCAGCCUAGCCCUUGAAUCCGCGCCCAGCGAGAUGACAGGCGCCUGACCUGCAUCCAUCCGCCUGCUCAGCCCAUCCGGCCCAUGGGCUCCCGAAGACCCGUCCUGCCAACGGAAAGGCCGCGGCCGCGAUGGCGGCAGACGUCGAGGGGGACGUGUACGUCCUGGUGGAGCACCCCUUCCAGUACACGGGCAAGGACGGGUGCCGCGUCGCCAUCCAGCCCAACGAGCGCUACCGGCUGCUGCGCCGCAGCACCGAGCACUGGUGGCACGUGCGGCGCGAGCCCGACGGACGCCCCUUCUACCUGCCCGCGCAGUACGUGCGCGAGCUGCCCGCGCUCGUGUGCCCGCGGCCGCUGGCGCGCAGCAGCUCGGAGAACACCUACGAGACCAUCGAGGACGUUCGCGGACGGCCGCGCGAGGAGCGCCCGGAGCAGGCGGAGGAGGCCCCGGCGGCCCCAGAGCCCGUGUACGCGAACGUGGAGCGACAGCCUCGGGCCCCCUCGCCUGGCGCCGCCGCGGCUCCCCGCCCCGGCCAGGUGUGGGAGACGCACACGGACGCGGACACCGGGCGGCCCUACUACUACAACCCGGACACGGGCGUCACCACCUGGGAGUCGCCCUUCGAGGCUGCCGAAGGCGCCGCCAGCCCGGCCACCUCCCCGUCCUCGGUGGGCAGCCGCGAGAGCCUCGAGACCGAGUGGGGCCAGUACUGGGAUGAGGAGAGCCGCAGGGUGUUCUUCUACAACCCCGUGACGGGCGACACCGUCUGGGAGGACGAGCCGGAGGACGCGCCCGAGGAGGAGGAGGUGGAGGAGGAAGAGGACGAGCUGAAGAUGCAGCCGGGCCUGAGCCCCGGCAGCCCCAAGGACCAGAGGCCUCCCACCCCUGAGACGGACUAUCCUGAGUUAGUGACCACUUACCCCGAGGAAGACUAUUCCCCUCCGGGCUCCUUCAGUGAGCCCGGGCCUGCCUCUCCCUUAGUCACGCCCCCCGGAUGGUCUUCCCACGUGGACGCGGAGGGGCAGACCGUCUACACCAACCACUUUACCCAGGAGCAGUGGGUGAAGCUGGAGGACCAACAUGGGAAGCCCUACUUCUACAACCCAAAUGACUCCUCUGUUCAGUGGGAUCUGCCCCAGGUCCCAGUUCCUGCCCCCCGAAGCAUCCUCAAAUCCAACCAGGACAGUGAGACCCCAGCCCAGGCCAGCCCACCUGAGGAGAAAAUCAAGACCCUGGAGAAGGCAGGUGUGCUCCAUCGCACCAAGACAGUAGACAAGGGAAAGCGGGUCCGGAAGAAGCACUGGAGUGCCUCCUGGACAGUGCUGGAAGGCGGCGUCCUGACAUUCUUCAAGGACUCGAAGACCUCAACUGCAGUUGGCCUGAGGCAGACUUCUAAGCUCUCUACUCCUGAGUACACGGUGGAGCUGAAGGGGGCCUCUCUUGCCUGGGCCCCCAAAGACAAAUCCAGCAGGAAGAAUGUGCUGGAGCUGCGCAGCCGAGAUGGCUCAGAGUACCUGAUCCAGCAUGACUCGGAGGCCAUCAUCAGCACUUGGCAUAAGGCCAUUGCCCAGAGCAUCCAUGAACUGUCUGCAGACCUGCCCCCGGAGGAGGAAAGUGAGAACAGCAGCGUGGACUUCGGGUCUAGCGAGCGCCUGGGAAGCUGGCGGGAGGAUGAGUCCCGGCCCGGAGCAGCCGCUCCUGUCCUGAGCCCAGGGGUCCAGGAGAGCGACUUGAGCAAGGUCCGGAACAAGCUCCGCAAGUUCCUGCUCAGACGGCCCACGCUGCAGUCGCUGCGGGAGAAGGGCUACAUCAAAGACCAGGUGUUCGGCUGCGCGCUGGCCGCGCUGUGCGAGCGCGAGAGGAGCGCGGUGCCGCGCUUCGUGCAGCAGUGCAUCCGCACGGUGGAGGCCCGCGGGCUGGACAUCGACGGGCUGUACCGCAUCAGUGGCAACCUGGCCACCAUCCAGAAGCUGCGUUAUAAGGUGGACCACGAUGAGCGUCUGGACCUGGACGACGGACGCUGGGAGGAUGUUCACGUUAUUACCGGCGCCCUGAAGCUCUUCUUCCGAGAGCUGCCCGAGCCCCUCUUUCCCUUCUCGCACUUCCGCCAGUUCAUCGCGGCCAUCAAGCUGCAGGACCAGGCCCAGCGCAGCCGCUGCGUGCGUGACCUGGUGCGCACGCUGCCGGCCCCCAAUCACGACACGAUGCGACUACUCUUCCAGCACCUGUGCAGGGUGAUUGAGUUCGGCGAACAGAACCGUAUGUCUGUGCAGAGCGUGGCCAUAGUGUUCGGGCCCACGCUACUGCGGCCCGAGACGGAGGAAACCAGCAUGCCCAUGACCAUGGUGUUCCAGAACCAGGUGGUGGAGCUCAUCCUGCAGCAGUGCUCAGAUAUCUUCCCACCGCACUGACCCCACUGCUGGCACUGAGGAUCAGGGGUUGGCAGCACGUGUGUCCAGCAAUGUGGCUGGACUUCAUUUUUGAGACCCUCCACCUCCCACCGGUCCACAGGCUGCAGGGAAUUCUGCACCCUUCGGUUUGGAGGGUAUGGUGGCCCUUGGUGGGCAGUUCACAAAAUGUGAUGUUUCCCUUACCUGUCCUGUUUCGGGGUAAUUGGGUUCUGUUCUGUAUUACAGCGCCACCUACUGUGCGUGUGGGAGAAUGUAGGGGUGGUGGUGAGGGUGGUUUUCUGGGAUGGCCCAAGCCCCGUGCUGGGAAGAGGAAUUUGGUGAAGGGCUUCUUCAGACUCGAGGCCUUAACAGAGACCCUGUGGGCUGGCAUUGUGCCCAUUUCAAAGCAACUUCCCUGCUACGGAAACAGGACUGACUUGGGCCUCCAGCGCAGGCAGCUGAACCUGCCUUCCCUCCGGCCUCGCAGAUGGAACUUCUACCCAGCCCUUUCACUGGCUGGCUGUGAACAAUUUUCAUCUGCUUUCUUGUUUGGAGUUCCCGGACUCUGCCCUCCUUGACCCACUUGUGUUCUUUGCAAAGGUUCUUCCUAUUCACUAAAUGUGUACCUGGCACCUGGCACCUGACAUGCACCAUUUCCUCAUACAAUCCCAUUUUGCAGAUGAGAAAACUGUGGUUUGCAGAGGCAAAGUGACUUGUUCAGGGUCCAGUGGGUGAUCUGACUUCCCAGCUCAAGUUCCUCUUACACCAAAGCACAGGGUAAAGUCUUUCCCUUUAUGGGUAAAGCAAAAGAAAUGAAGCUGAGUGGGUUCUCUCUGGGCCUGGGGAGGUACCUGCAGGUGAAGAGGGAACCUGCCCAGCUGUUCUUCCUUGGGGGGAGUGUAAAUUGCACUAGCAGGAGUCCCCAGCCCCUCUCAGGCCCUGGCUGUCAAGUAUGCCUCCCUGGUGGCCCCCUUGCCAUGUAGAGCUGGGAGAGCCUGCAGGGUAGGGGGAAGGAGAGCAUAACCUCAAUAAAGAAAGUGUGGACCCUGGCAGAGUCAGCAGCCCCCCCCCUUCCCUCAUACACAAACCACCUCAGUUUAUGGGUCUCAGCCCCUUACCCCACCUGUUCAUUUAUUCAACAAGCAAUAAUAGCUAAUAUUUAUUGACAUUUGCACCAGGCCAAGCAUUUUACUUGGAUUAUCCUGUUUGUCUCACAGCCAAUAUUUAUUAUCUGCUCUUCUGUGCCAGACACUGUGCUCUGGAGCAGGGGUACUGCACAUUGCCUCCCUGGUGGAGCUUACAGUUUGGUGGGUGAGGCUGACCCAAGCCCACCCCAAAUGCCAGCAGGGCUUGGGCAAAGUACAAAGGGAGGCCACAUACGUUGAAAUGCUGUAAAGUUUUAAAUCAAGCUAACAACUGUUCAAUAAAAUAUGUUCUGUUCUCCUACUU